GCAGCACAGCCUAAUUUCUUCUCCUCUCAGAUUCUCAUCUCGUUUAUCUCUCAGACUCUCAUCUCUGCGUUUCUCAUCUCAUAAUCUCAUCUCACACUACACUCAGGCUCAGGCUCUUCAUUCCUCCCACCACCACGAACUCAUUCAAUUGAUCAAUUCCUCUUUUCUCCUUGACCCGUCGCUCUCCCUCAUAAAAUUUCCUCAUUCUUCCCCAAUUCCACACACGCCGUUCAACCCUAAGUCGAGUGGCCUCACUGAUUGGAGCAAACCCCCUUCAUAGGGUCAUCGCGAGUUCGCCGCAGCUGGACAGGUAUGCUCGGUGGUUCCGGUGACGAGAACUUGACAAGGUUCCUGCUCGUUUUCCGCUGACGGCAGCAUUGCCAUUUACGGCGAUUUUAUCGCCUUCGCUCAACCCCUUCAUCACCGGUUUCGUCGCCGGACCGAGCCUCACGGAUCAUCCCAUCUGAACCCUAAUUCGUGACAGAUUUUGGAGGUGUAGCAGUGAAGGAUUUGUCCCCUUCCAAGUGAACAAUAUCAGGAUCGGAGACAAAUAGCUUUGAGAUAUUAGUAGCUGCUGUUCUUGAGCUGUAAUUCCUUCGGUGUUUCUUUUCCUUAGGAUCUGUAGUAACAAGAAUCUUAGAAUUUAUUUGGUUAACACAAGCAGCCCAAUGGACAGCGUAGUUGAUUCUCUGAAUAAUGCCUAUCAAGAUUUUGUUUCUGCUGCUGCCAAUGUGUUAGAGGCCAAAGAAAAUGCUGGUUCCGUUAAAACAACAGCUACAGAUACUGCUCUAGAGAACUUUAAGCAGAAGUGGGAAUUGUUUAGAGUAGCAUGUGAUCAAGCUGAGGAGUUUGUGGAGUCUGUGAAGCAAAGAAUAGGAUCCGAGUGUCUAGUGGAUGAGGCAACAAGGCCUGUGGCAGGAAAACCUGGACAAGCUACCAUGACUGGUCUUCCUCCCAUAAGUGCAGUUCGGUUGGAACAAAUGAGUAAAGCAGUUCGAUGGCUUGUCAUUGAAUUGCAGCAUGGUUCUGGAGCUAGUUCUGCUAAUUCAGCUCUUUCCCAUCCCUCAGCUCCAUUCGAUGCGAGGUUUUCUGAAGAUGCUACUCAGUAGCAUUAAUUUGAUGAUUAAUGUUAUAUAUUUCUCUAUACUGAUCUUUCUUAGGGUAGACUGUUUUCGGCAUUUUAUACCAUGUUAAGUAUUAGCUCUUUGUUAAGCUGUUAAAGAAUGCAACUUAUGUGUAUUGUGCAUCUGUGACAACAUUCCUUAGUUUUAUGUUGGUCAUAAUUAAUGUAUUUUAUUUUAACCUACAAA